GGGCGAUGCAGGGGGCGGGGCGGGGCAUGUCUAGGAGGCGGUUCCCCCACCUCGGGGAGUGGGUGUUUCCGGCAUCCAGUCAGGCCUUUGAGGAAACGCCUGAGGCUCCCGCGGGCCAAACGAGCUCAGCGAGCAGCCGGGAGUUCCCGCUGGACUCCGCGGUCAGAGAGUGCGGUGCGCACGCGGCGUCCCCCGGGGAGACACGCGGACAGACUCCCUCGAUCUCCCGGCUCGGCCUCCGAUGGGCGGGCAAGUGAGCUCCGCCGGCUCCUUCCGCGGCCUGCCCUGCGCCUCCAAGGCGAACGCGGACUGGAUGUCGGCGCUGAGCUCUCGGCUCUGGGACGUGCCGCUGCACCAGCUCUCCAUCCCAGGGAGUCACGACACGAUGACCUACUGCCUGAACAAGAAGUCGCCCAUCUCCAGCCAGGAGCCGAGGCUGCUGCAGCUUCUGCGCAAAGUGCUGCCGUGCGUCACCCUGCCCGUGGUGCUCAAGUGGUCCACCACACAGGUGCUGAGCGUCACGGAGCAGCUGGAUGCGGGCGUGCGGUACCUGGACCUGCGGAUCGCACACAUGGAGGAGGGCUCCGAGAGUAACCUGCACUUCGUCCACAUGGUGUACACGACGGCCCUCGUGGAGGACACGCUCACGGAGAUCUCCGAGUGGCUGGAGGGCCACCCCCGGGAGGUGGUCAUCCUGGCGUGCAGAAACUUCGAGGGCGUGACGGAGGACCUGCACGAGUACCUGGUGGGCUGCAUCAAGAACAUCUUCGGGGACAUGCUGUGUCCCCGCGGGGAGGUGCCGACUCUGCGCCAGCUGUGGUCACGGGGCCAGCAGGUCAUCCUGUCGUACGAGGACGAGGCGUCCGUGAGCCGGCACGUGGAACUGUGGCCCGGGAUCCCCUACUGGUGGGGGAACAAGGUGAAGCCCCAGGACCUGGUCCACUACCUGGAGCGCAUGAAGAGCUGCGGCCGCCCAGGCGGGCUGUUCGUGGCCGGCAUCAACCUCACGGAGAACCUGGAGUUCAUCCUCGUCCACCCAGCCUGGUCGCUGCAGAAGCUGACCCUGUCGGGGCUCCCCUACCUGUGCGCGUGGGUGCGGGCCCAGUGCCCGGGGUCGGCCGCCGGCUGCACCAACAUCAUCGCGGGCGACUUCAUCGGGGCCAGCGGGUUUGUCAGCGACGUCAUUGGGCUGAACCGGAAGCUGCUUCGGGGCUGACGGACGGCGCGCGGGCGGAGCCGGGCAUCCCGGGGGCUGCUCCUCGGGCGCCUCCUGUGACGUCACCGGGCUGAACCGGAAGCCGCCUGGGGCUGACGGACAGCACGUGGGUGGAGCCGGGCAUCCCGGAGGCUCCGCCUCGGUUGCGUCCUGUGACGUCACCGGCCUGAACCGGAAGCCGCCUGGGGCUGACAGACGGCGCGCUGAGGAGCUGGGCAUCGCCGAGGCUGUUGUCAGGCCUGUCCUGCGGGGCUGGCAGUCCAUCCAUCCAUCCACGGAAUGUGGGUGGCUGCAGAGGUGGGGCCGGGUGGCAGGGUCCAUGCGCUCCUCGGUCUUCCGUGUCUCUCAGUGGAUGUAGGGUGUGAGGUGAUGAUUAAAGGCGACUGCGUGAUUAGUACAAUCGCAUCUUCCAAGGAGACUCCUGGGUCUGUGGAUUCCCCAUGGGAGAGGCUGGGGAACCCCCUCCCCCUGGGCGCUGAGAGCGGCCGACACAACCCCCAGGUGGGUCGAGGGGGUGGGGGCGCAGUAUGACACACUGUCCGUAGGGGGCACUGAGCGCAGAGCGAUGCCACUGAGAAAUCCCUCUUAUUAGAUGAGGGGCUGCCCUGGUGGCUCACCUAAGAAGGCCUCCCUGUCUCUCCUUGCUGUUCUUUGGAACUCUGCAUUCACGUGGCCGUAUCUUUCCGUGUCUCCUUUGCCUGUCUCUUCUCAGCAAUUUGUAAGGCCUCCUCAGACAACCAGUUUGCCGUUAUGCCUGUAUUUUUCUUGUGGAUGCUUCUGACCACCACCUCCUGUACAGUGUUAGGAACCUCGGGCCAUAGAUCUGGUACUCUGUGUGCCAGAUCUACCCCUUGAAUCUGUUUGUCACUCCACUGUAUCAUCACAAGGGAUUUGAAUUAAGCAAAGAAGCAGGAAAACAAUAGAAUGGGAAAGACUGGAGAUCUCUUCAAGAAAAUCGGAGAUACCAAGGGAAC